AUGUCGUACAAGGUCGCCGCGCCAGAUGAGUAUCUGGCCGUGACGGGUAUGGGCAUCAAGAAUGUCAAGAUCGUCAAGUCUGCAUGGAUCUUCCCCUUUCAGCGCUGCAUGCGGUUCAGUGUCCAGCCCCACGACUAUGCCAUGAACCUGCAGGCCAUGACGAGCGAGAAGCUCCAGUUCCUGCUGCCCGUCGUCUUCACCGUCGGCCCGGACAUCAACGAGCGCGGCGCCAACUCCAACUUCAACGACGACCACGCCGGCGACGGCCACGGGCCAGACAACCACCACCGCGAGGACCGCGGCGACAGCCUCAUGAAGUUUGCCAUGCUGCUCGCCGACAGCUCCGCCAACAAGCCCAAGGAGGGCACCCAGCGCCAGUACCUCGAGGGCAUCAUCAAGGGCAUCAUCGAGGGCGAGGUCCGCGUCCUCGUCUCGUCCAUGACCAUGGAGGAGAUCUUCACCGAGCGUGAGGCCUUCAAACGCCGCAUCUUCCGUAACAUCCAAGGCGAGCUGAACAAGCUCGGGUUGAUCAUCUACAACGCAAACGUCAAAGAGCUGCGCGACGCGCCCGAGAGCGUCUACUUUGCCUCGCUGUCCCGCAAGGCCCACGAGGGCGCGACCAACCAGGCGCGCAUCGACGUGGCCGAGGCGCAGCUGCGCGGCAACGUGGGUGAGGCCAAGCGCAAGGGCGAGCAGGACCGCGAGAUUGCCAAGAUCAACGCCGAGACGGCCGUGCAGAAGACGGACCGUGACAUCGAGCGCGCGCAGGCCGAGGCCAACCUCGCGACCAACAAGACGCUGCUGACGCGCGACGUCGACAUCGCCCGCAUCGAGGCCACGCGCGCCACCGAGGAGAAGGACGAGGAGCUCAAGCGCCAGGUCGAGAUCAAGCGCGCGGCCGCCGAGCUCGAGCGCCUGCGCGCCACCGACGUCGUCAAGGCGUCCAUCGCGCGCGAGAGCAAGCAGCAGGCCGCCGACGCCAAGGCCUACGAGAUCACCGCCGACGCCGCCGCCGGCUUCGAGAAGAGCACGCGCCAGACCGACGCCGCCGCCUACAAGACCAAGGCCGACGCCGACGCCUGGAACUACGCCACGGUCAAGAACGCCGACGCCGCGCUGCAGAAGAAGCUCAAGGAGGCCGAGGGCCUGUCCGCCAUGGCCGACGCCUACGCCAAGAUGGCCCACGCCUUCGGCGGGCCGUCCGGCCUGCUGCAGUACAUGAUGAUCGAGAAGGGCACCUACGUCGAGCUGGCCAACGCCAACGCCAACGCCGUCAAGGGCAUGCAGCCCAAGAUCAGCGUGUGGAACACGGGCGCCGAGGCCGGCACCGGCGGCCAGGGCGCCGGCCAGGGCCACGGCAGCGACAUCAGCACCAUGCGCAAUGUCUACCAGAUGCUCCCGCCCCUGAUGACCACCAUCAACGAGCAGACGGGCAUCUCGCUGCCCGAGUGGCAGUUUGGCCGCCUCGCCGGGCAGAUGUCCGAGGCUGAGCGGGGCAAGGGUGCCGUCGUCAACGGCGGGAAGUAA